GAAGACGAGAAGAAGGAGAAGGAGCUUCCCAUAGAGAAAAUCCGUAUCGAUGCUUUAGAUAGUAUCGCAGAAUAAUAAACGCUGUUUGAUAGUUCAGCGGGUUUCCAGCCAUGGAGUUGUCUGAAAUACUGUACAACAAAGCGGAGUACAUUGAGACGGCUUCUGGCAACAAAGUGAGCAGACAGUCGGUACUAUGUGGGAGUCAAAACAUAGUCUUGAACGGCAAAACUAUUGUUAUGAAUGACUGCAUCAUCAGGGGGGACCUGGCUAACGUCAGGGUGGGCAGACACUGCGUGGUGAAAAGCCGGAGUGUUAUUCGACCACCUUUCAAAAAGUUCAGCAAAGGGGUGGCUUUCUUCCCGCUGCACAUUGGAGACCACGUCUUCAUCGAGGAGGACUGCGUGGUCAACGCAGCACAGAUUGGUUCCUACGUCCACAUUGGGAAGAACUGUGUCAUAGGUCGCCGUUGUGUGCUAAAGGAUUGCUGCAAGAUCUUAGACAACACCGUGCUUCCUCCUGAGACAGUGGUGCCACCUUUCACCGUUUUCUCUGGAUGCCCAGGUCUGUUUUCAGGAGAGCUCCCAGAGUGUACACAGGACCUCAUGAUUGAUGUAACCAAAAGUUACUACCAGAAGUUCAUGCCCCUCAGCCAGAUAUGAGUCGCACUCUUAAACUCUCAGCCAGGACCUCUUCCUUUGUUCAGCCAGCCACACGUUGGGGGCUCUCAUCAGACUCUUAAGAGCUCACCUUUUAUCUUUCAUCGACCCGAGGCCUUGAGUUUAAUUUCCCACGAAAAAACCCCCAUCAUUUAUUAAAGUCAGAUUCAGUUGCACAAAGCUACCAUGUGUUGGCAGCUCCAAAUUUCUGAGAAAUAAAAUGAAAUCCCGUUAGAUGUCAUUCUGAUGCUUUGCCCUGUCACUGCAUCACGGAGAAAAACUCGAGGACCUCCGUGUGGCCUCUGAUCAUCGCGGUCUUUACCUGAUGGCUCUCUGAGAGCAGCUGCAGAUGAGGAUGAAUAGGUGGAGGAGCUACGAAGGACGCAAGAACACGGCUUUUAAUAUUGAACACCCACGGACCAAACAGUAGCAACACUAGUCCUUUGAGGAUGUUGGCUGAACGUGCGUAUCAUUCAUAUCAGCAGAAGACACAUUAAUUUUACUAUGGCUGUUAUUUUCUUCAUUGUUUGCUUUUUUUUUGUCAUUGUAAACUGUUCAAGUAUUUAAUAUUGUUUUUAUGUUUGGAGGACGGCCCUCAUUGCUUCGCUUCUGCCGUUUUCUGUGAGACAAAAUCAGAAAUAGUGAAGCAUAUGAAUAAAUGUAAAUGACUGAAAACCCUACAAACGUCUCAAAGGUGUUAACUUUAUCU